AUGUCCGUCGAAAUCGAUUCUAUAAAAUCUUAUAUCAAUCAAUUUAUUCAAAAUUUUGAUUAUAUUGAUGCUAUUUUUCUUGCUGAACGUCUUUAUGCAGAAAUAAAAAAUGAUGAAUCAAUUUAUUUAUUAGCUCGUACAUAUUAUUUAAGUGGUGAUAUAAAUAAAUCUUAUUGGUUAUUACGUAAUUCAUCAAUUGAACAUGUACCUACGGCUAAACUUCUUUUAGCAAAAUGUUGCUUUGAUACAGAUAAACUUCAUGAAGCUGAAUCAAUACUUAUUGGUAAUUGUUCAUCAAUAAAUACACUUGGAUUAGAUGAUUUUGUUAAUGAUCACGGUGAUCAAGCUGCAUUUGCAUUACAAUUAUUAGCUAAAGUUUGCGAAAAAUCAGAUCGUCAACAAAAAGCAAGUGAAUGUUAUCGAAAAUCAUUAAAAUUAAAUCCAUUUCUAUGGUCAUCGUUCGAAGCUUUAUGUCGACUUGGUGAACGUGUUGACACAAGUAUAUUUUGUUCAUCUGCAAUUAAAUCCAAUCGAUCAAUAUCUGAAUAUAAUCAAUCACAAAGUUGUCUCACACCUUAUACAGAAUCAAUAAAAGAUAUUCCUAGUGAAAAUCAAAUUAUUGAAAAUUCAAUGAAUAUAAGUUCAAAUCUUCCUAUGAAAGAACGAUCUCAACAACGUUUAUUACAAGCUCCAGCAAUUGUUAUGAAAUUAACAGAUUCUAUUCUAAAUGUUGGUUCAACAAAUAUUUCUGGUGUUAUAACAUCAACACCAAUUGGUUUACUUUCUGAACAAUUACAAGAUAAUGAUAAAUAUACUCCACCAACUAUAAAACUACCUGAUUAUAUACCUACAUUACGCAAUCCACCAUUAGCACCAAAACGACAAAAUACUCGAAUGAUACAACACUAUGGAUUUGAUGAUGCAACGACACCAACAUCAACAGCAACAAUUUUACAUAGACAUGAAAUUGCAUCAACAUCUAUAAGUGAUACACGGAAAACAACUAGUACACGAAAAGAAAAUAAAUCAAUUCGUACAACGACAAAACGUAAUACACGUGUAGCAAAAACCCGUCCACCAUGUACAGAUAUGAGUAUAACACCAGUACCAUCAUCUGAAUCUUCAAAUAAAAUGACAACACGAUCACAAGUACGAUCAAAUAAUACAAAUAUAAAUUAUUCUAUUGAUACAGAAAUAAUCAAUAAACGUGAACGACAAAGAAAAAGUCAAUCAAAUCAACGAACACCUGAAAUAGUUGAAAACAUAAUCAAUAUAUUUAAAUUACUUGGUCAAGGUCUUCAACAUCUAUCUCAAUUUGAAUGUCGACAAGCAAUUGAAUUAUUUGAAACAAUAUCAUUAAAACAUCUUCAUACACCAUGGGUAUUAUCACAUUUAGCUAAUUGUUAUUAUCAUUUACAUGAUUAUCAAAAAUCAUCAUUUAUCUAUCGAGAAUUACGUACAAAAUUUCCAUAUCAUAUCGAUGGUUUAGAAUAUUAUAGUACAGUUCUUUGGCAUUUAAAAGAUGAUAUUGCACUAGCAACAUUAGCACAUGAAUUAACUGAAACUGAUCGAAAACAUCCAGCUAGUUGGUGUGCAUCCGGAAAUUGUCUUAGUCUGAAUCAUGAAUAUGAUAAAGCUAUUCAGGCAUUUAAACGUGCAAUUCAAUUGGCACCAGAAUCUGAUUAUGCAUAUACAUUAUUAGGCAAUGAAUAUUCAUUAGUUGAUGAACUUGAACGAGCUAUGGCAUGUUUUCGUAAAGCUAUUCAAUUAAAUUCAAGAAGUUAUAAAGCAUGGAAUGGUGUAGCGAUGGUUUAUUUAAAACAAGAAAAAUUUCAAUCAGCUGAAUUUCAUUUUACAAAAGCAACAAAUAUAUUUCGUACAAAUCCAGAUCUUAUUUGUCAUUUAGCAGUGGCUCAACAUAAAUGUAAUCGAUCUGAAGGUGCAUUAGCAUUACUUAAUGAUGCACUUAAAAUUGAUUCAAAAAAUGCUCUUUGUAAAUUUCAUAAAGCUGGUCUUUUAUUACAUCUUGAACGAUAUCAUGAAGCUUUAACAGAACUUGAACAAUUAAGACAAAUAGCACCUAAAGAAUCGCUGGUUUAUUAUUUACUUAGUAAAGUUCAUCGACAUUUAAAAAAUUUUCAUUAUUCAUAUAUGUACAUGUCAUGGUGUAUGGAUCUUGAUCCAAAGGGUGCUAAUAAUCAAUUAAAAGAAAAUGCCGAUAAACUCUAUUCAAAAGAUGAAGAUCUUCUACUUGGUAUGGAAGAUUUAGCAUCAUCUGUUACUGAAGAUGAUCAAAGUCAAAUGCAAUCACAAAGUUCUCUGCAAGAUAUACAACCAAUGGAUUCAAGUGAAGAAAUCCUAUGA